AUUAGUGGAAUUAUUCCAAUUAUUGGAAUUAUUGGAAAUAUAAUUUAAGUGCCUAUUCAUGUAUCUAGGGGUCUAGGAAUCUAUGCCUUGUAAAUUACAUACGUGUACCUAGGAAAUAGCUUCAAUCUUAAUCAUGUAAUUACUCUCUUGAUUGUAUAUAAUGAGAUCACUUGAGUGCUUUGUAACUCAAGCAUUUCCCUAAUAUUCAUUUCUUUCCACAUGGUAUCAAGAGCAGGUUAACUGCUGCCUUCAUUGCAGCCCUAAUUUUUUUUUUUUUUUUCUCUUUCCCUGUUGCCUUCAUUGCAACGUUUUUUGUCUUCUCUUUCCCCUUUCUAGAAUUUAUCUUAUUCACCUCUCUACAUUGCUCCACCCACCUCACCACCCACACCAUCAAACUCACCACAACAUUCCGACCCACCCUUUAAAAUCUCACCACCAUCCGCUGCCCCACUCGCCGCCACUCGCCGCCACCCUUUUCUUUCCGUCUCAGCGCUUGUGGUUUAUACGCCUCCCUACGACCUUUUUUUCGCCACCCUCCUUUGUUACAAAUUGUUGAUUGACCUUCUCUCAAUCUGUUUUAGAGUUCUAUUCUCUGAUUUCCGAAUCUUUAUUUUUUGAGUUCUCUUUGGCUUGUUUGUCCGAUACUGUUGCUGUUUUUUUUUUCUUUCCAACUUACAGCAAUCUGACUUAUUGAGAUGGAGGUAGAGAAUGAUAAUGGUGGUGUCCAAAAUCCUCCACCACCCCCACCACCUCUUGUUGAAUCAUCAAACCUCAUGACGGCAAACUCGCUACCAACUCUGCAUCAAAGUCAUCGACUCAAUGGGAAGAAUUAUUUCAGUUGGGCCCAGUUCAUGCGUGCAAAUUUGAAAGGUCGGGGAAAAUUGAACCACAUUGAAGGUGACCCACUCCCUGCCACCGAUCCCGGCUUCACUCUUUGGGACAAUGAAGACUCACUCAUCAUGUCAUGGAUGUGGAAUAGUAUGAUUCCAGAAAUUAGUAGUCAGUAUAUGUUUCUUCCUACUGCACGAGAUAUUUGGGAGAAUCUGAUGCAAACAUACUCUAAGAAACAGGACCUCUCUGCCCGCUUUGAUCUAAAGAACAAGAUCUUCAAUACUAAACAAGGAACCAUGACUGUCUCUGAGUAUUUUGCCACUAUGAAAGGUUAUUGGAUUGAGUUGGAUCAAUACCAAACUCUCAAGAUGGAAACCGCCAACGACACGAUUGCUUUGAAUACUUGUAUUGAAACCGAUCGAAUCUUUGAGUUCCUGGCUGGAUUGAAUUCUGAUUAUGACCCCAUUAGAGUGCAAAUUUUAGGCAAGGAUCGUCUUCCUCCACUUGCUGAGGUUUUCUCCAUUGUGCGGGGAGAAGAAAGUCGUCGUGACGUCAUGCUUGGUAACAAACCUUCUGAAGGUACUGCCCUUGUUGCCAACAUAGCAGGAAAGCAACCCGCCAGUAAGACCGGUAGAGAUGAUCGUUAUUGCGACCAUUGCAAAAGGACAGGUCAUACAAAGGACCGGUGCUUCAAGUUACAUGGGAAAAACCAUGUUCUCAACCGCUCUGGAGGCUUCAAAGGUAUACGUCAAAGCCAAGCCCAUGCUGCCACAAUGUCUCCCGACACAGGAAACUCCAAAACAGUGGAAAAUGACUCUCUUAUCAGUACGGAUGAUUUGAAUCGGUUGAAGUCCCUACUCGAAUCUCUCAGUAAGCCCUCUGGAUCUUGUUCUCUAGUAAUGACUGGAUCUUCCAACGGAUCGGGUGAUUGGGGCAUGUGAGGAAAAGGAAGGGUUGUACUACAUCUCUGGAAAAACAGAUGGUCCGAAGGUGUUGUCCUCUUGCUUAAAGUCUGAGUCUUCCCAAUCUGCCGCACAAAUUUGGCUUCUCCACAAACGUCUUGGACACCCCCCAUUUUCGUUAAUUAAGUCUAUGUUUCCAAC